CCACAAUCCAUAGCUCUUCCGUCUCGCUCUGGUCUCGGCCGUUCUUCCGGUAGCGAUGGCCGCGGCCGUGGCUGGGGUGCUGCGAGGGGGUCUCCUGCCCCAGGCGGGCCGGCUGCCCACCUGCCAGAUUGUCCGCUAUGGCUCCAAGGCCGUUACCCGCCACCGUCGUGUGAUGCACUUUGAGCGGCAGAAGCUGAUGGCUGUGACUGAGUAUAUCCCCCCUAAACCAACUAUUGACCCAAGAUGCCUGCCGCCCCCUCCCAGCCCCCCCCAGGAGGAGACAGGCCUCGUCCGGCUCCUCCGUCGGGAGAUAGCAGCGGUUUUCCGAGACAACAGAAUGAUAGCUGUCUGCCAGAAUGUGGCUCUGAGUGCGGAGGACAAGCUUCUCAUGCGGCACCGGUUGCGGAAGCACAAGAUCUUGGUGAAGGUCUUCCCCAACCAGAUCCUAAAGCCCUUCCUGGAAGAUUCCAAGUACCAAAGUUUGCUGCCCCUUUUUGUGGGGCACAACCUGCUCCUGGUCAGUGAAGAGCCCAAGGUCAAGGAGAUGGUGCGAAUCUUGAAGAGUGUGCCUUUCCUGCCGCUGCUGGGUGGCUGCAUCGAUGACACCAUCCUCAGCAGGCAAGGCUUCAUCAACUACUCCAAGCUCCCCAGCCUGGCCCUGGUGCAGGGGGAGCUGGUAGGAGGGCUGACCCUCCUCACUGCCCACACCCACUCCCUGCUUCAGCACCAGCCCCUCCAGCUGACUGCCCUGCUGGAUCAGUACAUCAGGCAGCAACACGAGGGGGACCCCGUCGUGCCAGCCAGUGGACAGCCGGAUCUUCCUGGUCCUGUCCCGGACUCAUAGCCAGCCUCUUACACCCAGCCUGCCCAUAGACGCACUGCCCCUGUUGGCUGUUGGAGAUGUGGGGAACUUGGGGUGGCGAGGGGCGUUUGUUACCUGGCUUUCACUGACAACGAUCUGUUCCAGUACAUGGCCACCCAGAGAUGCAGAGGGAUUCCAUUUCAGAACGGAGGCUGGUAAUCACCGUCUUUGUCCCUGGUUUUUCCAACUUAGGACCUGAUAGAUGCGGUCUCUUUCUGCUCUCCAGGUCCAAGACGGAGAAGCCCUUGGCUUCUGUGUUCACUGUCCCUUGCUGCACGUGCCUUCCAGCCUAUCCCCUCGUGGCUCCAACGCGCCAGAAUAGCUCAACUGAGUAAUUAAUUGUGCUGAGAAUGGCAUCUGUUGAGAGCCUGCUGUGCCAGGCUCCCUGCUAACCACUUUACAUGUACUAGUUCCCGUAUUUCUUACACAGUAUCCCUGUUUCACAGAGAGGAAGACUAAGGGGAAGAGCAGUUAAAUAGCCCGCCAAGGUCUUGCUUUUCGUGAGAGGCAGCACAGGGACUAAACCAGGCUCUUUCUGCUCUGAAGGCGCUACCCUGAUUUUCUACACUAGAGCUUUCUUAUUAAGGUCCCAAGUGUGCUUGGGUGUUAAUUUUCUGCCCUCGGGGUGUGCCAUGUCAUGGAACGUUUGGGAGCACUGCUUCACGAUAAAGUGAAAUGCAUUUUACUUACUGUGUUU